AUGACCGCGGCUCUUAAUCGCAAGUUUGAUCUCUUGCAAAAAAGCGGAACGUGCCCUUCAUAUCUCCUUGACGUGCUCACGCUGCUUGUGGCGCACGCCAACGAAACCGAGCUUUUCAAGCAGGAGCUGCGCUCCGCGCCCUUUGAGAGUGCGGCACCGCCUACCUUCGCUGAUCGAGGGGUGGCUGCCGCAAUACCGCCCCAACAGCAGCUGGCGACGCACAAUGCGACGAACCCGGUAGGUUUGAGUGCCGAGGCUGGUGAUGUUCUUGCGGCAGAGAAGGCUCUGCAUGAGUAUGCGGAGAAUUUAAGGAUGAUCAACGAUAUCGCCAUGGCGACAAGCUCCAAGAAACUUCGGGCGAUGAAAACGAGCGCCUCCACCGAGAUGGAGGCUUUUCGUGACCGUGUAUUGCGCGACACCGUGGAGCAGACGCGAGAAGAGUUGGACUCGCUGCGUAUGGGUUGGCUUGAGUCAAUGAAUACGGAGGUCGAGCGCGCCAAGGCGGGGGUGCAUCAGGUGGCCCUUUCUUCGCAGCAGGCAUUGUACAAAAUGGUGGAGGGCUAUAGUGAUUACGUAUCGACUGGGUUUCAGCUACUAACGACAGAACCCCUAGAAGUCACGCACCGUGCGAUGGCGGAGUGUGAACUGUGUGUGGAACGCAUCAAAAUGUUGGAACGGCAAGCUAUGCCGCGAAUUGAGGUGGAUGCGCUGCACGAGCGACUUAAAAGCGUGGAACGGGCCAUCGCCCAGAUGGGGAGUAUCGGUUCCUCCGCGCGGGCCGUGGAGGAUGGCACCUCUGCCCCGCCCAUGGUAAGGCCAUCCAGGAGCGAGAGCUGCACUGGGGCUGCGGAGUUCGUCAGACCGCUGGGGUUACGGCUACGGGACGGCGGCGAUGAACUGGAGGGUCUUGUCGUCGUGGAAGUGGCACCAAAUUCAACCGCGGCGAAAGCCCAAAUUCGCCCCGGACACAUCGUCACUCACGUGGGUGCUACCCUCGUCACUAGACAGAGUGAUUUCACCGCGGCGAUUCAAGGGGCCGGUGCGGUGGUGAAGCUAACUGUAUAUGAUCCGGAGACCGCAGGGAUGCGUGUCGUGACCCUGUGA